CCCAUUAUACUCCAUUUAAUAUAGUGUGAUUAGAAUCAAACCGAUCAAACUAAAUUAAACCAUUACAUACUUUAUUAUAUCACAUAAAAACAACACACAUGCAUAUUACAUGAAAUCUUACCUCCAAAUACAAGAAACAAAUUUUACCAACAUCCAAACACUAAAGUUGAAUGAGUAACUUUGACCCAAAAAAACUAACAAAUAAACCAAUCAAUCAUGAUAAUCAUAACAAUGGUAAGAUUCACAUUAAAUAAUCAAUUAUCCUUCUCUAAAACCCAAAUUAGGGGUCUUAAUCUACAAAAUCUAAGAUGGUUUGUUUUUAUGUUUUUGUCAAAAUCAAUCUUUUUAAUCAAUUUUAGCUUUCAAUUCCACUUUGCUUCGUCGGUGGCUGUCCCCACACGCUGUAUCUCCCUUUCUUCUUCCUUUUUUCACUCUCUCACUUCCAUUCUCUCUCCUGUUUAACGCCAUAGUUACUCACCUUCACUUUCUCUCUCCUCAAUCACCAAAAAAAACCCAUCAUAUUUCACACCAUUAAAGGUAAUUAUGCUAACCAAUUUAAUUUCAUCAUUAAUACCCUGUUAAUCUUUCUGGGUAUUUCAUCAUUCAUUCCAAAAAGAUAAAAAGUUCCAAUCUUUCCCCUGAUUUGAUGCACGGUUACAGUCGACUUGGGCCGAAUUUCAACCCAUCAUCACCGUCGUCUUCUCCGCCAUCGUCCCCCCGAUUCCGGCCGUCCCGAAUGAAGCCCAAUGGGCUGAUCUCCGGCCCAGGAAUCGGAAGGGGAGGAGUUGGUGGGUCGAUGAAGCUUGGGAAUUUCGUCGAACGGUUGGUGUGCAUUGUGAUUGCAUCAGUUUUUAGGAGAAAAGGGGUGGUGUUGUUUGCCCCUGUAUUGUAUAUUACUGGGAUGUUGCUGUAUAUGGGCUCUUUGAGUUUGGAGAAUAAAGUUGGGGGAGGAGAGAGAAUUGGGGGUUUGAAGAUUAAAAAGGGAAAUUCUGAUUAUAGUGGUGGGUUUGUGGUUGAUGAGCCGAGGUUGCCGGGUUCUUUGUAUAGAAGUCCUGAGGUAUUUGAGCGACUUUGGCCUUUUCUGGAAUCUGAUCAAGGCAAUCACUCCUCUAAUGCUUUGACGACAGUGUGGCCUUCAAGAUAUCAGCGAGGCUGGAAACCCUGCACAAAUAACAGUGCUGUUGAAACAGAAUUGCCAAAAUCUAAUGGAUACUUUAUAAUUGAAGCAAAUGGUGGGCUUAAUCAGCAACGUCUUUCGAUUUGUGAUGCAGUAGCAGUGGCAGGGCUGUUGAAUGCAACUCUUGUUAUUCCAAUAUUUCAUUUAAAUAGUGUUUGGCGAGAUUCCAGCAAAUUUGGUGAAAUAUUCGAUGAAGAUUUCUUCAUAUAUGCUCUUAGAAAUAAGGUGAACGUAGUAAGGCAGCUCCCAGAAGAUAUUCUCCAGCGGUAUAACCAUAAUAUUAGCAGCAUUGUGAACCUGAGGUUAAAGGCUUGGUCAAGUCCUACAUAUUACCUGCAAAAAGUGCUACCAAAACUAUUAUCAUUGGGGGCUGUACGUGUAGCACCAUUUUCCAAUAGAUUGGCUAACACAGUACCUCCAGAGGUUCAAGGGCUACGAUGCUUGGCAAAUUUUGAAGCCCUGCGCUUUUCUCAGCCUAUACGAUCACUGGCAGAGGUCAUGGUUCAAAGAAUGAUUCAGAGAAGCUCAAGGAGUGGGGGGAAGUAUGUUUCAGUGCAUCUGCGCUUUGAAAAGGAUAUGGUUGCAUUUUCCUGCUGUAUAUAUGAUGGAGGAAAAGAAGAAAAGCAGGAAAUGGAUAUUGCUAGAGAAAAAGGCUGGAGAGGAAAAUUUCGUAGAAGGGGUCGAGUCAUAAGGCCUGGUGCAAUAAGAAGGGAUGGAAAAUGCCCACUAACUCCAAUAGAGGUAGGAAUGAUGCUUAGAGGUAUGGGUUUUGACAAUACCACUGUAGUGUAUGUUGCUGCUGGGAUGAUUUAUAAAGCGGAUAAGUUCAUGGCACCUCUUAGAAAGCUUUUUCCACUUUUAGAGACAAAAGAUACAUUAGCAACCCCUGAAGAACUUGCCCCAUUUCAGGGUCACUUGUCCAGGUUGGCCGCCCUUGAUUAUACGGUUUGCCUUUACAGCGAGGUGUUCAUCACUACCCAGGGAGGAAAUUUUCCCCACUUUUUGAUGGGUCAUCGGCGUUAUAUCUAUGGAGGGCAUUCGAAGACAAUCAUACCUGACAAAAGGAAACUAGUUCUAUUGUUUGACAACCCUGAUGUUAGAUGGGAAACUUUUCAGUACCAGAUGCAAGAUAUGCUGAACCGUAGUGAUUCAAAGGGACGUGAGAUGAAAAAACCUACGGCAUCACUAUACACAUUCCCCAUGCCAGAUUGUAUGUGUCAGGAGGCUGAUGCAAAUGCAAUGCACGGAAAUGGUACGCUUAGUUUAUCUUGAAAUUUUUUGACCCCCACACGAAUUCUUACAACUCUACCAAGAAUUCAAAAUGAUCGCCAUACAUUUUUGUAUAUGGUUCGAUAAUAUAUAGUUGAUUUUUUUAGCCGAGUAAUUUCAUUCAAUUUACUAAACUAAGUUACCUAAUUGCUUUAGUUGAGAUGAGAAAUUAGCUACUAAUUCUUUGAUAUAUAGGUGCUAGAAUUCGAAUUAUUCCUUGUAAAAUUCGAGCUGCUAC